GACAUACAGACCUUCUACUCUCGGUCUUUGCCCACCAAUGCGACCGAAACCCGUUCAACUCAAGGACCGUGACCCCUCGUGACCGAAGCCGACCGCAGACCCAAUUGUUAUGGCGAACAACUCGUUGAGUGCAAGGUGCAAGGCAGCUUCAUCGCUCCGCAUCACUCCCUCCAACUCCCCGGUUUUGCGACCGCCAACGCGCUCCUCCGUGCAUAAGUCGCCAUUGAAUCAGGCAACUUUAAACCUGCAGACGGUGAUCGGUACGACCACAACUACCCCUCAUGGUUUCUCGAGCCAUGAGGAAAGCAGAUCGUUUGCCCUCUGCGCCGGCUCAGUGGUGGUAUUGGCCGAGUUGGACGACGAGCAUUGUGUGAAUCAACGCUUUUUCAGGGCACGACCCUCGGCAACCAGUGUCAAUCCAGUAACAUCGUUCUACAGCCAAUCCACCCCUCCCACCACUCCUGACAGUCGAGCGAAAUUUUCCGGAAGUAUAAGAUCCACCACCCAUAGCAAUGCUUACAGCGGGUCUCCAUGCAACGACCCGGUCGAUAAUGGUAGCCCGCGGGGAUGGUCAUCGCGAGAGAGGGUGAAGGCGGUUACGUGUACCGCGAUUAGUCCUAAUGGAAGGUUUCUGGCAGUAGGAGAGACUGGCUAUAACCCCAGGGUCUUGAUCUUCUCGACGGCAAAAGAUGCCUCUUCCGAAACCCCACUCUCGAUCUUGACCGAGCACACAUUUGGAGUGCGAGGUCUGGCCUUCAGCUCCGAUUCCCAGUAUCUGGCCAGCCUUGGUGAUGUAAACGACGGGUUUCUUUUCGUAUGGUCUGUGAAUUCGAAGACCGGUUCAGCAAAGCUCCAUUCGACCAAUAAAUGCACCUCGUAUGUCCGUGACAUGUGCUGGAUGGGCCAGACUCUUAUCACGGUAGGAGUUCGGCAUGUGAAGGUUUGGAGGCUUCCAGAUGCAAGGCCUGGUUCUCCACGGUCUCGCCUGACUGUGGAGGGCACGAGCAGCUCUCCAAACCACACCCCUCGGGCGUUUUUGGGGCGCAAUUGCCUGCUGGGCUCGCUGGCGGAAAGCACAUUCACCGGCGUCGCAAGCAUCUCUGACCGGGAGGCAGUUGUGGGCACUGACACAGGCGCUCUAUGCUUUGUGGAUGACAGUGAAGGAUCCCAAAAAUUGUCCGUUGUCCAGCAUAUGGACUUUGGCAUUAGCUCCUUAGCGGUCGACAUGUACCGCUCUUGUGUUUGGGUUGGUGGGCGUGGUGGACAGAUCCAGCAUUUCACCUUCGAAAAAAUUCGCUCGUCGACUGUCCCCCUGUCCCCCGCGCUUUCUGGCCGCUCAUCGGCGGAGCAGGGAUUCAAAGGACCUGCAAUUGUCUGUUUCGGAUCUCUGGGAUCUCAUGUCGUGACAGUUGACAGCACUAACGCUAUCAACAUCUUUUCGAGCGACCACUUGUGCCAGGAUGUUGACCAGAGGGAUGCUCAAAUCAGCAUUUGUGCUCAUCGGGACGGGGUUCUUGGGAUACGUCCACUCACAGUUCCCAACCCACUUGAAGCGGAAUUUUUCACAUGGUCGCGAAAAGGCGCCGUGAACUUCUGGAACACCGAAGGCAAGUGUAAGGAUUCACGCAUGAUUGCCCUCGAGCACCCCGCAGGACAUGACGAAGAUAUUUGCAACGAACUGAAGGUAGUACGUACUACGAACGAUAUGGAUAUGUUCGUUUCUGGGGAUAAAUUUGGGGUCCUGAGGGUCUUGCAGGGCCAAUCGUGGCAAUCUGUGCAUGAAGUCCGAGCUCAUGGAGGGGAAAUCACUGACAUCGCUCUGCAUAUAACACCUGAAUCUAGCUUAGUUGCCAGCUCUGGGCGUGAUCGCAUGGUUCAGCUGUUCGAACGAAGCAAUGGCGACCUGCAAUUGAUCCAAACCAUGGAUGACCAUGUCGGGGCCGUGAGUCAGCUUCUCUUCGUCGAUAAUGGAGAGAAGCUGCUUUCAAGUUCUGCUGAUCGUACGAUCCACGUCAGGGACCGUGUUACUCGAGAGGUUGACGGUGCACCCGUCAUUGCCUACUUGAUCUCCAGAGUGAUCACGAUGAAGGCAUCCCCCGUGUCGAUGACUCUGUCUACUGACACGGAUGUUCUCGUCGUGUCUACUGCUGAUCGAUGCGUCCUGCAAUAUGAUCUAGCUUCUGGUCGCCAAGUCACUUCCUUCCGGGCCAUCGAUUCGGAUGGAAGUGACACAGUCGUCAUGAAUUCUUUGACAGUAGCUUCCGAUAUGUCAGGACAGACCUUCUCCAAGUUGCUUGUGGGGGUUUCUGGCACCGACAAGUCAAUUCGCAUAUAUGACUUGGAGCGGGGUGUGCUUCUCACUGGUGAGUUUGGUCACACAGAGGGAAUGAGUGAUGCUUGCCUACUUGAGAAUCACUCCAGUUCCCCCACCAGGCCAAACGGCCGGAUUCUGAUCAGCUCGGGUCUGGAUGGACUGGUCAUGAUAUGGGGUGUAUCUAUGCUUCCCCAGUCAUCACAGGAUAUGGCACAGGCCGUCACCAAGGACGACGAUGCUCCUAUGAAGGAACUGACGGUUGCCAAACCCCCUCUACGCAAAAUUCUCUCGAAACAUGAAUUGGCCGGAUUACAGCGACAGGAAAAUGUUGCCGUCACCCCCACGCCGGCCCGCGGUCAUUCUCCGACUUUCUUACGCAAAUUCUCCAAAUUCUCACUUUCCCCUUCUACGAGAAACGGGCAUACACCCCCACCUACGACGCCUUCAUCGACGUCCAAUCGGCGCUCCCCUAUCCCUAGCGUCCGCCAAGAAAAGGCCCAUACACCAUCACCUUCUUUGCAUAAUUCCAAGACAGUAGGUACGAGGAAGAGUGGCAGCCGGAGCGACUCUCGCCGUUCGUCUCUUGAUUUUCGGGCUCGCGCUAGGAAUUCCGGAAAAAGCGAGUUUGGAAGUCUUGACACGUCCACUGAACAAGUUUGUCGCACCUUGAAAGCCUACAGGAAAAAGCUCAAUGGGUCAACCGAGCAUGUCCAUGCUCAGAAGGAGCUUGAGAGAGAGCUCAGUCUUACGUUGCGAGCUCUCACAUCUCGGAGCAAUAGCAGCGAAAGCGCUGAAACUGAGACCGAGAGCAGCGGCAAGGAGAAUGAAAAGCUCUCCGGUGAUGGUGCCACCAAUCAUACCAUAUAUACGACCUGUCGCGUUCCGUCUCCGGAUAUACGCUCGAAAGAGACACCGGAGGUUUCGGUGAGCCUCUCUGUCCAUGCUGAUGGAGAGGGUUAAAUACGAAGACGGAGCUUGUCUCCUGCAUCUACCCAUCUUCUAGGUUUUGUUAUCUUUCAUUCUUUUUCUUCUUUACUUUUGUCGUUCUCUAUCAGUCCAAAGUGGCGCAACUGUUCCCCUCCAUGCGAAGGGAUCUUAUAGACUUCAUAUGUUAUCAAGCGGGGU